UACCUUGUUAUUUUAUUCCUCAGCUCUGCUAGCAACCGAAUAAUUGGUGCCAAGGAUCAUGCUUCUAUUCAGAUAAAUAUUUCUGAGGUUGACAAGGUAACGGGCAGAGUCAAUGGCCAGUUCAAAACAUAUGCCAUUUGUGGAGCAAUUCGUCGGAUGGGGGAAUCGGAUGACUCCAUUCUGCGUCUGGCGAAAAGAUGGAAUUGUUUCCAAGAAUUUCUAACUGAAGAAACUUUGGUAUGGAACAUCCGAUGUAAAAUAAACAGUUCAAAUCUAUCUUGUUCUGAAAAGAUUCCAAUAGUACAGAGACUCUUCAGUACUUUCUAG